CAUUAGCUAUAGCGCCCAAAGUCACGUGUUCUCUCCUUCUCGUCCGCUCAUUUAACGGACGUUGCUUUCUCCCCCAAAUUAUUCAUUACCAAAUACUCCAAUUAUUUUUCUCUUCUCGAUCUUCCUUUAGGGUUUCAAUUUCAUUGCUUUGUUCAGUCAAUUCGGUUUACGCUUGCUGAUUUCGGGAUCCACUUUUCAUUCUCGAUUCCGCAGGUAGAUUUAUUGAGGCUGAUGUUUGAGCACUUCGAGCUUCUUAGUUUUUUUUUUCUUUUCUUAAUUCUAUCAGUUAGAUUUUCUGACUUGUGUGGAUUUCUUGUACGAUUCUCUAGAUGUUUGAUUUUUAUUUUAUUGGGUGUGUCGAAGUCUUAGUUUGUUGGAUUGUGGGUUGAUGACUUUAGGGUUUCAAUUAAUUUGAUCGAAAUUAUAAAUUUCUUGAUGUUUGUGCUUUGAUGUGAUGUUAUGAUGCGUUUUCCUUGGUCAAUUGUUAGUAUUUCAAUCUGUUGAAGUUUGCUUGUUGCUGUUGAUUUUUGUAUUUCUUUUUUUGUGGUGUGAUUAUUUCUGGAUGAGUUGGUAUAGACGCUCAAUUGUUUCAUAUAGUUGGGUUUAGGUUGGGUUUGAACUGACUGGAUAAUCUGUUGCAGAGUUGUAUUUUAUUUUGGUGUAAAGAAACCUAUUUGAACAAAACUGGAGCAUUACUAGAGUUCCUAGUGUCCUCGUAAAGAAGAUCAAGGACAUAAUUUUGCUAUAUGGAAUUGUAAAUGGGCUGCCAGCACAGCCUUCGUGCUGAUGACUAAUACAUUGUUACAGUUUCUCGAAAAAUUAGCAACUGUUGCAUAAAGAGUAAGGUAAAAAGAGAUGGUACCAUCUAGGAAGGAUUUUGGGUGGAUAUUUCCUGGGAUAAAAAGUGGAAGUCAUUUUCUGAAGAUUGUGUUUGAUUUAAGAAAUUGAAAAUAUCAUUUUAUGCAAAAUUUGGUUCUUUUUUAUUGUAGUUGAAGAAUUGUGAAGGAAGUCCUUUUACCCAAAAAUCGUCAUUCACUAACAAAUCACUAGCAAAUCUUAUAAAACUACAAUGAGACAUGUCUUCAACUUCUACUAGCCUUCUUUUCUUUUUAGAACCAAAAACUUUUUCAGACAGAUCCAAGUGAGCACUUCAAGAAGGAGCUGGAACAUUACUCGCUAUCAUUACCUGAUUGUUUUUGCUGCUAUGGUGUUGAAUAACUGAUUGAUUACAAGGCAACUGUAAAUGAGCAACAGCUGAUUUUUUAAUAUGAUCUGACAUGUGGAGUUAUAAGAGAUAUUUAAAACUCUCUAUUACAGCUUUUGAAGGUAAAGUGGUUUCGUGCAUGGUUGAGGGAUUAUAAGUAUUGGACUUGUACUUUGUCUAAGUUCCUAUCUGCAUCCAUAUGAAUAUCUAGAAAGUUAUAACUUAUAAGCCUUUCGUUUUUUUUGGAUAUGUGAAGUACACAAAGGAAAAACAAACAUUCUAGCAUAUGUUUUUGCCUGAAUGAGUAUAAUAAUCUAAAAUUAAGAAGAAUGUGGGUAGCUAUAUGCCUACAUCUUCGAGUCCUACGACUUCACUAACGUGUUAAGAAGUCCAGGAGUGGGGAUCCUUGACUUUCUAUAAGCUGAGUCGGAGGAAAAUUUACCUUUCCUGUCCUGGUUUACUUUUCCAGUCUAUCAAACAUACCUAAUCCCUCUCCUGCACGGUCUUGUUGCUGAUGCUAAAAAAUCUCAGGGGAGUGAAAAACCUGCUUUCCUUUUCUUUUAAAUUAAAUUCUACAUUUUCUUUUCUGAUUUCAACGAUGGAUUUGAGAAUGCAACUUGGAAUGUAAAUGUGAUGUUCACUUACAGAACAUUAAAGAAAGAAGUGAUAACAAAACCAUUUAGUAUCUGAAUAUUUGUUUACAGUAAAAAAAACCCAUUCAAUAUCUGAAUCUAUUGUAAGAGUGCUUGUUGAGCAGUUACAGCUGGCAGAAAAGAAAAAAAUUGGUUUUUUUUCCAAUGGAGAAGCCAACAGAUUCUAGCUUAUUUGUCAAUGAUGGUUCUUUCAUGGAGAGGUUCAAACAGCUUCAACAGGAGAAGGAAAAGGAGAAAUUGAAGGGUUCCUCCUCAAAAGAGUCUAAGACAACCUCCAGUAUAUUGGGAGCUUCAACUCCGAAGGCCGUCAUUAGUAAGCCAAGCUUGGAAUUUAAAGUUAACUCUUCGCGGAAAACUGCCACAGUUGCUUCAGGUGGGAAACUUGCAUUCAGCCUGAAACAGAAAUCCAAAAUACCUGCACCUUCUGUCAAGCUAGGCGAAGAUGAGGAUGAUGAGGAUGAAAAAGAUGCUGGGAAUUCUUCAGGAGAUGGGCCAAUUAAACGGCAGAGGGUGGAGGAACCUCGUGCUCUGCACCAGCCUCUUAGACAGAUUGAUGUUGCACCAAAUCCCCCAAGUGAUCCAGCAGUGAAGAAAGUUGCAGACAAAUUAGCAAGUUUUGUGGCUAAGCAUGGAAGGCAGUUUGAGAAUAUCACUCGCCAAAAAAAUCCAGGAGACACACCAUUUAAGUUCUUAUUUGAUGAAAGCUGUCCUGAUUACAAAUACUAUGAAUAUCAGCUUAGUGAAGAGGAAAAGGCUCUAUCACAGACCAGCGAAGCCCAAACAUCACAUAGAGGUACUAGUACUGCUACCCCCAGCUCAACAAGCAGUUCUCAUAGGUCACAUCAGCAGCAUUUGAAUUACCAAACUCCUGCAUCAGCAUUGUGGGGAACAACAGAGAAUACAAGUUCUUCAGAACUGGCUGGAAAUUCUGGUCAUUUAAGCGGUCCAUCGGGGUCAGAUCCAAUAGCGAUGAUGGAAUAUUACAUGAAGAAAGCUGCAGAUGAAGAGAAACUGAGGGCACCGAGAUCAUCGAAAGAUGAGAUGCCUCCACCUGCUUCUCUCCAAGUUCCAGGAAAGAAGGGUCAUCAUAUGGGGGACUAUAUCCCACCUGAAGAGCUUGCUAAGUUUUUGUCUACCUGCAACGACGUAGCUGCUCGGAAAGCAGCCAUAGAGGCAGCAGAAAGGUCGAAAAUACAAGCUGAUAAUAUUGGCCACAAACUUCUAUCGAAAAUGGGUUGGAGAGAAGGUGAAGGACUAGGGAGUUCUAAAAGUGGUAUUGCAGAUCCAAUAGCAGCUGGCAGUGUAAAAUCAAAUAACUUAGGUGUUGGUGCUCACCAACCCGGGGAGGUCACUCCAGAAGAUGAUAUCUAUGAUCAAUAUAAGAAACGGAUGAUGCUAGGCUACAAGUACAGGCCAAAUCCACUGAACAAUCCGCGGAAAGCAUACUACUGAGACAAACUGCAAGCUUGUCGUCUACCCGGGCUACCUCUGUAUUGGAGUCACUUGUGUUUGUUAUAGCUUUCUUCAGGAAGACAGUAUUUAGAAGUCGAUGUUAUUCUGGUCUACAUACUACUUCUAAAAGUUUGAAUUCGUUGCAUCUAAGAUAUUGAAAUGACAUGUAUUGUGAACUCCGAUACAUCUU